AUGAAGACGAAUGGUAUCAUGAUGGUAGCGGUGUGGCUGGUAGUUGUUUGUUCAGUUCAUGGGGAUGAAUCAACUCCGGAAGAGAAGAAACUGCGCGUAGUGAGUCAAGUGCACGCCAACCCAGCCGUUUUUGUGAGCGCUGAGGAAAACAGAGCAAAACGAAAUGGACAUUGCGUUGACACAGGUGCGAUCAAUCAAGACCCUGUAUGUGCAUCCAAUGGCAAGCAGUACAUGAACGAAGACGUGUUUGAGUUCCACAAGUGCCUCGUGCAAGCAAAAUACGGCGAGAUCAUUGAAAUCGUGGACAUGGAUGUUUGCAAGAAUGCUCAGAAGGAAGAUUAUGCCAACGUCAACUACGUAAGUGUUGUGUCAUUCAAGGCACUGAAUACUCGCAAUCGUCGCUCUAAGCCAGCCAGACCUCGGACCGGGCUGAAGUAG